UAGUCAUGCUAUCCCUGUUUGGGUGGAGAGAUCCCAAGCUUGCUCUGAAAUCUAAAAUUGUCUUGUCCUUUGAUCCUCGGACUCGCUCCUUCAUAGCGGGCUUGUGUCCUUUGGAUCUACGAAGCUGGUCGUCGUAUCGUGGCAUCCCACUUCUCAAAUUCUAUCAAGUCUUGAAAUCUUCUUGCAAUUUUCAAAGGCCGGACCAGAGAAAACGGUCGCAGCUCUUUCAUAACUUCACUACUAGUGGUGCUCUUUUGCAUCUUUAUCCCGACUUAGUGCGUUCUCAGACGUGUGGAGGUUUUUAUGUCAGGCUGGAUCGAUUUGGGACAUAAACUACUUUUCUUUGUAUUGUAUUGUAAUACAAGAGGAACUUCGGCAAAGAGAGCCUGUCCGCUCCGUGAAGCUCCGCGUCAGCCUGCCUGUCAAAGCAAGGCACUUCUUCAUCUACUUCAUUGACCUGUAGUCAUCUACGGGAGGGAUCCUACAAACCACAUGAAAAAGCUGAGAAAUAUAUCAUCAAAAAUUUUUUUCUCACGAUAAAAAAGAGUAAUAUUGCAGAUGAGAUUGAGAAGAUCAUGUUUCCUUUAUGGGUCUGUGCUCGUCGUCGUCCGUAGCCGCCCGUAGUCACUGUGUCAAGCGCAG